GCGAGUGAGCGGCUCCGGCUCCCUCUCCGCGCCGCUCCGGCCCGACUCUCCCCGGCCGCCGCCGCCGCCCCGCCGCGCAGCGACCUCCGCCGCCGGCCCGCGCCCCCCGCCUGGGGUCGCCCGCGGCGCCGCUGCUUCUCCCCUGCCCGCCCCCGCCCACCCGGCCCUCCCCGGCUGCUGCUCCCCGGUGGAGGCAAGAGGUGGUUGGGGGGACCAUGGCUGACGUGUUCCCGGCCAACGACUCCACGGCGCCUCAGGACGUGGCCAACCGCUUUGCCCGCAAAGGGGCGCUGAGACAGAAGAACGUGCACGAGGUGAAGGACCACAAAUUCAUCGCCCGCUUCUUCAAGCAGCCCACCUUCUGCAGCCACUGCACCGACUUCAUCUGGGGGUUUGGGAAACAAGGUUUCCAGUGCCAAGUUUGCUGUUUUGUGGUUCACAAGAGGUGCCAUGAAUUCGUUACGUUCUCUUGUCCGGGUGCGGAUAAGGGACCCGACACUGAUGACCCCAGGAGCAAGCACAAAUUUAAAAUCCACACCUACGGGAGCCCCACCUUCUGCGACCACUGCGGCUCGCUGCUGUACGGGCUCAUCCACCAGGGGAUGAAAUGCGACACCUGCGAUAUGAACGUGCACAAGCAAUGCGUGAUCAACGUCCCCAGCCUCUGUGGGAUGGACCACACCGAGAAGAGGGGCCGCAUCUACCUGAAGGCUGAGGUCACCGAUGAGAAGCUGCAUGUCACAGUACAAGAUGCAAAAAAUCUAAUCCCCAUGGAUCCAAAUGGGCUGUCAGACCCUUACGUGAAGCUGAAACUCAUUCCUGAUCCCAAGAACGAAAGCAAACAAAAAACCAAGACCAUCCGCUCCACACUAAACCCCCAGUGGAACGAGUCCUUCACGUUCAAAUUAAAACCUUCAGACAAAGACCGACGACUGUCCAUAGAAAUCUGGGACUGGGAUCGGACAACGAGGAACGACUUCAUGGGGUCCCUUUCCUUCGGCGUUUCAGAGCUGAUGAAGAUGCCAGCCAGUGGAUGGUACAAGCUGCUUAACCAGGAGGAAGGCGAGUACUACAACGUGCCCAUUCCAGAAGGGGAUGAAGAAGGAAACGCAGAACUCCGGCAGAAAUUCGAGAAAGCCAAGCUUGGCCCCGCUGGUAACAGAGCCUUCGGUCCUUCGGAAGAGAGGAGACUUUCCAACAACCUGGACAGAGUGAAACUCACCGACUUCAACUUCCUCAUGGUGCUGGGGAAGGGGAGUUUUGGGAAGGUGAUGCUGGCCGACAGGAAGGGAACGGAAGAACUCUACGCCAUCAAAAUCCUAAAGAAGGACGUGGUGAUCCAAGACGACGACGUGGAGUGCACCAUGGUGGAGAAGCGAGUCCUGGCCCUGUUGGACAAGCCCCCGUUCCUGACGCAGCUGCACUCUUGCUUCCAGACGGUGGAUCGGCUGUACUUCGUCAUGGAAUACGUCAACGGCGGGGACCUCAUGUACCACAUUCAGCAAGUAGGAAAAUUUAAGGAGCCGCAAGCAGUAUUCUAUGCAGCAGAGAUUUCCAUUGGAUUGUUCUUUCUUCAUAAAAGAGGAAUCAUUUAUAGGGACCUGAAGUUAGACAACGUCAUGCUGGACUCAGAAGGACACAUCAAGAUCGCCGACUUUGGGAUGUGCAAGGAGCACAUGAUGGACGGAGUCACGACCAGAACCUUCUGCGGGACCCCAGAUUACAUCGCCCCGGAGAUCAUCGCCUAUCAGCCGUACGGGAAGUCCGUGGACUGGUGGGCCUAUGGAGUCCUGUUAUAUGAAAUGCUGGCUGGGCAGCCUCCGUUUGAUGGCGAGGAUGAAGACGAACUGUUUCAGUCAAUAAUGGAGCACAAUGUUUCUUACCCAAAGUCCUUGUCCAAGGAGGCCGUUUCGAUCUGCAAAGGACUGAUGACCAAACACCCCGGCAAGCGGCUGGGCUGCGGGCCGGAGGGCGAGCGGGACGUGCGGGAACACGCCUUCUUCCGGAGGAUCGACUGGGAGAAGCUGGAGAACAGGGAGAUCCAGCCGCCCUUCAAGCCCAAAGUGUGUGGCAAAGGAGCGGAAAACUUCGACAAGUUCUUCACACGAGGGCAACCGGUCUUAACGCCUCCGGAUCAGCUGGUCAUUGCUAACAUAGACCAGUCUGAUUUCGAAGGGUUCUCGUAUGUCAACCCCCAGUUCGUGCACCCCAUCUUACAAAGCGCAGUAUGAAACCCACCAAGGAGAACAGAUGCCUGCCCCGCCCCCGCCCCUCCCCCCCAACAGUGGGAAAUGAUCCUUAACCCUAAAAUUUCAAGGCCAUGCACGGCCUUGUUCCUCGUUCCAGAUCAAGGCCUGAAAAUCGUACAGUUAUUAGUCCAAAUGUGACCAGCGGUUCAGGGUCUCUCUUACAACCAAGAACAUUAUCUUAGUGGAGAUGAUGCAAUGUUCAAUGUCCGGUUUAAUUACGUAGAGGUCACCUCUGGCUGUAGGUUAACCUGUUCUAGAAAGCAAACAGACUCUUGCCCCUUUUUUGGUACGAUUUGAUAUUAUUUCCCAUGUCCUCUGUCUGUCGGGUUGCACCAUCAGGAUGCCCCUCCCACCCCACCCCCAUCAGAGAUGUGGGCUGGACACGGCUCCACCCAGGCGCCUUUGGAAUGAGAGAACCAGGAGCCCAGAGAGCAGAGAGGGAGCCAGGUGGGGUUGGGGGUGGGGAGGCUUCAGAACACCUGCCGCGGCUGCUCUCCGCCUCCAUGGAAACAGUCGCUAGAAUCCGAGCGGCCGGGAUGUCAUUUGCAAGCUCACUGGUCCCAGACAUUGACAGUCAUAACCUAGUUGUGGUCUGGCGGUUACCAGUUUUUUUGUGUGUUUAAAAAAAGAGAAAGAAAACCUCCGAUGAGUGUUCGGUGAAUCUGCCAUCUUGUACCCUACAUGGUUGAUUCCUGUCUUGAGACGUGCAUUUCUUUGUAAGAGGCCAAACCUUCUAAGGACUUUGCUAAAUGAGCAUGUGACGUCAUUUCCGAUCAAGGACAAGCCAGUGUGUGUGAGAGUCCGUUUCGGGCUCUGGGAGAUUAUUCUGCGAUCCAGGGUGCCAUCGGCAAUGCCAGUCCUCACCAGUGUUCUUAGCCAACCUCCCCACACACCGAUGUUUUGUUACUUCCUAAGAAGCUGAAGUGUAUGCCCCAUCCCCUUUUGUACUUAUUUAUUGAGUAGGCUGCGGUGUCGUUCAUGACAGUACAAUGUACAGUAACGUAGAGUUCUGAGUCCCCCGGCCCUGGCCCUCGACAUCCCCUUAAGGAUGAAAAACAAUACGGUUUGGUCUCCACUUUCAGUUCGUGUCGAAUGACCCCCCUGGAGCUGUAGAAUCAGGAAGCCUGGAUACCUAUCAGCCCAAAGAUGUUUUAUUGCAAGAAGGAUUUUCAUUUGUUUUGCAGAUGCAUCAUGCAAUGAAUUUUGCAUGUUUCUAAUAAACCUUAAUGACAAGUGAAUCUAUAUUAUUGAUAUAAUCGUAUCAAGUAUAAAGAGAGUAUUAUAAUAAUUUUAUAAGACACAAUUGUGCUAUGUUCGUGAAGGCUCUUGUUUCUAAUCUUCUUUGAUUAAGUUUUAGUUGAAUUCUUUGCUGCCCUGCUGCCCCUCCCCCACCCCCACGCCGUGUCUGUCCUGCGCAUUGGCACUGUAUGGGACAUAUUAAUUUUUUAACAUAGAUCUAAUUUCAGAAAUGAAUGGCUACUUUACAUGAUUAAUUAGGCAUAUAUAUAUACAUAUAUGUGUGUGUAUAUACAUAUAUAUGUAUAUGUGUAUUUGAUUCUACCUGCAAACAAAAGCUUUCGGGGAUUAUUUAAAGAUGAGACUCUUCGCUUCUUCACGCGCCUUCUGUUCCGGUCCCUGCGCCACACUUCCCCCAGGGACAGGGGGGUAUUUGACUCCAGUGUGACUGGCGUGAGCAGAUGUGGUGUGAUCACAGCCCCCGGGCUGGACUUAGUUGUGUUCUUCCUUUGAGCCUCGUUACCGUUAGUGACUCGGGGCAGGCGGACAGGGCGGUGCCCUUGCUGAGGGUGUGCGUGGAUGCACGGCCACACGCUGUCCCCUGGCAGGACCCGCUCCUCCUGCGCGCACUCACGACACCUGUUCCCUGGGGCUCUCAGCGGGCUCCUUGCAGAGGCUGCAGGAUUCCUCCCAGCUGUCGCUGGACCAAGCUGAGGAGCCCUUCCGUGGUAAGACACCACCCGCGGAAGGUCCUCCGAGAGGCCAGGCUUCUGCCACAGAAAGAACGUUCCAGGCAGAAGCGGCUUCAGUCCCUGCCGAGGGCUGCUCUGUUCCUCCCUGCUCCCCGGGAGCGUCUCCCCGCUAAGUGCCUCCUCGACGUUCUGGCCGUUUGCCUGCAGUCCACGGAACACACGAGCACGGAGGGGGCUUCGCGGCCAGAGUCCUGCCGCCCCGGGCAGCCUGCGGAGGGAGCAGGUCAGGGCCGGAAGGAGCAGCUUCUCUGCCGUGUUUGACGGGCUGUGGACCAGAGCUCCAGAGGCCUCGCGCUGCGGUCCUGCUGGCCCGCGCACGUCCUGGGGACACGUCCUCGCCGGGCGCACCUCAAUUCGAUCUGGGAGAAGAGGGACCAGUUUAUAGAAAGAGCCUAAGAAACAGAAGAGCCAGUCACCACGCCCGGAACAGAGCCACGGCAGCACGGGUCCCAGCCGAGCCCCCGAAGAGGAGGAAGGUCCUGGAAAAGCAUGAUGUUGGGGACCCCUUGUCCCUGAGCCCACGCACCUGCCUGCGUUAGCCAGCGGCAGGCUCCAGAUUUCCAGGAAACAGCCUGCACAUUUCCAAAUGGUUCCGAUUUCCUAGGAAACACACUGGCAUCUCAGCGGGCUUGUAUUCUUUCCAAACACGUGACAGUUUUCAAAGAAAGUGCCCUGCCUGGGGGCCGGGGCACAGUGGCCUGAGGACAAACAGUGAAGCCUCACCGUGGCCGAGCCUGUUUGCACGGGGCUGUGUGCUGCAUUUAGACAAAGGCUUGUGCUGGGAAGGUUUGGGCAGCCCAGAUAGUCACUGCUGAGAGAAGGAGGCAUGCGGGUGACCGUUAACACUCAGCCACAACACGCGUGAAAUUCUGCGGCACUGCUCCACUCUGGGCAUCGUGCAGAGAGAACCACAGGGCGGGCAGCAGUGUCCAGCGCCGCAGCCCUGUGGAGGCUGGGAUGAGGGGGACGCCGUACGGGGUCGGGCGACUGGGGGGCUCGAGGAAGUUCCAGCCGCAGGCACGGCCCCAAUCACCAGGGAGGUCCAACAGGCAGAAUCUAGCACCAUCUGCGCCUCCAGGGGACACGUUGGUGCGUGACUCCGAAACGCCAUCCAACUGCCCUGUGUUCCUUUCUUGGAAGGUGGCUGCUGCCAGGCCGUGGACCUCGCCCUGAGGCUGCAGCCGGCAGGCUGGUGGCCCUUCUCUCGGCACCUCGUCUAGAGCCACCAGGUGUUCGGUUUGGAUGGAAGGACCUGGAGUGCCGCCCUCAGAGGCUCAUGGCGAGAACUGACUGCACAGGUUGAUGUGAGAGCCCAGGGACCGAAAUGAUUGCGCACAGACACGGCUGGUUCUCCUUUAUCCCCGGGACCUGGUACAAGUUCAUGCAGAAUCACUGUCUUGUCUUCCGAGGGAUUUUGGUAGGAAAUCUGAAGGUGAAGAGCUCCCUAGAAGACCUGAGAUGCUUGGUUGAAAGAGAAUGAAAGACCAAGACUGUGCGAGCCAGCCCUGGACCGUCGAGCACCCGUCGGAGCGACGGUCCUAGCAGAGCGGGGCGCCUUGCUGGGGAAUGAGGGCGUACACCCCAGCAGGGCCUCCCUCCCGUCGGUGCCCUGAGAAGCGAGGUCUGCGGAGGCCGAGGUGGGCGAGGAGCUGAGAGAGAGCGGGGCGGGCAGCAGGGGAAGCCAGGACGGAGGAGGAGAGGGUGCCUUGGGAAGGAAGCUGUUGCCACCUCCAGGGCCCUCGGAGGUCGCUGGUGCAGAUGGAAGUCACCGCCUGCUGGUCCCUGGGAGCGAGUUUGUUGCCAGGGACACGGUCUGGUCCUCCUCCAAACAACAUCUGCAAAAUGCCAGCAGCAUCCUCGCCAGCUGCUAGGAGCCCCCUUCCCCGCCCUGCUCGGAAGCAGCUGAGCCGACACCAUCCACCUACCCUGGAAGCCAGUGGGUCCCCAACAUCUUCCUCCGGCUCGUUGCCGGGGAGGGUGGGCAGUCACAGACACAGUCCCACCCGAUUCCACUUAGCAAGAGAAAUCCGAGGGGCUUCGGUGGGUGGUUUUUUUGUUGUUGUUUUUUGUUUGUUUGUUUGUUUGUUCUCUGCUGGGAUUUGUUUUCUGUACUGAAGAGGGGGAAAGUGAGAGCCUUAUGUUUUUAAAAGCCUCAGAAAGUCAUCGCCACCUGACUGUCGUUUUCUCACUUGGGUCUUAGGAAGUCGCCUGUUAUGUGUGCAGUUCACACCGUUUCCUGAUUCUUGAAACCCAGCAAGGGCAGGAGAGUCCCCCCACCGAGCACACCGAAGGCUGGUGGUCGUGACAGUGGGCGCCGAGCCAGGGACCCCGAGGGGUCCGGGAGCAGCGAGGGCGUGGCAGGGCUCGCGAAGGAACGGGGCCCUCUGGUGGUCGGGCUGCACACUGACUUCGCGAAGGGUGUUGGGGAGUAUUUUGAAAACAUUUUCCUUGGUCGCCGCACCGUAGACAUUUCUGUGAUGUCCCGUGCGGGCUGACGCCGCACACCCAGGGACUGCUGUAUGUUUCUGCCGUUAGAAGGCACAGAAAAUUGGGAAUGGCUGCCCGAGUUAUCCGUGGACGAAGCCGCCGUCAUGGUGCGGACCGCGGUUCUGCUGCUUCUGUAAUGUCAUAAACUCUUUGGGAGGGUUCCCUGUGCCUCUCAUCCGUGAUCAGGUGUCAGUUAAUUACCAUUUAAGUCAGACUCAGACAUCAAACAGCUUACAGUGCCCCUCCACUAAGGCCCACACGUUCCAAAGACUUUUUUUUAAACCUUAAGGAAGAAAUUAACUCCAGUAGAACAAUUAGGUAUACUGGGCUCUUUGUACUUUUUUAUAGAGAACUUUAAUAACGCAAUUCUUCUUUUAAAAUGAGUUUUUAAAAUAAAACUACUGACAAUUUGAUAAGACUCCAAUCCCAUGGACCCUGGAGGUCAGCUGGAGCAGCCCUGACCUGCACUCCCACUGAGGGGCUUCCGCAUGCCAGUGGGGUGUGGCGUCCUCGUCAGAAUGACGAAGUUCAAGGGGAGCAUGUUGGCAGACUGACGCCCUCCGUAUUUUUAGUAGACACUGGGGACAAGUGUGUAAGGUCUAGAAACGUUCAGGCCAUAGAAAGAUGGCUUCAUUGUGCCUCUUCCAGAUGCAGCCCUGGAAUAGCAUUCCCGGGGACCCCUGGGGCCCCUUUGUCCUUGCUCUGAGUGGCUCUGUGACCACCUUGGGCAUGGGAGGAGGGCACUUUCUCAGCUCUGUCGCCAGUCCCCGGGAUCCCCAGGUCUCUCACGCUCGGCGAACAUUCAGAGAUGUCCUGCAGGGAUUUGCCCACGGAGCAGGUCAGACACGUCAGCGUCCCUGGGAAAGUAGAGGCGGCCGCAAGCACACCCCCUGGUUUCAGAGUCAUCCCCACGUGAGGAGACAGAACCCUGCUUUUCAGAAAAUAAGCAUCCGGUCCACUUUAUAACAACCCUUUUUUUCUAAAAUAAGACAAGUGUGGCUUCGCGUUUUCUGACGAAACAACCGUGUCUUUGUCUCCCCUGCUUAAGUCAAGGAGUGUUCAUUCCUGUGCUUGUUCAUAGGCGUUGUUGAUACUCUUCCUGGAAGAAUGUGAUUCUUUUCCCAAGGGGAUCGGUGGACUCUUCAAAAUCAUACAUGAAGGCGGUUCUCUUAGGUCUAAAUGGUCUAAAAAUUCACCUCAUGUCCCUUCUAUUAGGGUCUUUCAGAAUAACUUUUCUAGAUGGUCAGAAACAUUUGAAGUCGUUGCUUUUGCUACCUAAUAGUCUGUGUGUGUGCGCGCGGAGGACGUGCCAUGUUUAAAGUGUUUGUUGAAAAACAUGGCAUAAGACCCCAGAUCUGUACGGAGGAGGAAGAGGAGGACGCGGAGGUGUUCCCCGUCUGCACGAGCACCUCCUGACCACUGCGGAGGCCGUUCAGCCGUCUGAUGACAUUGGGUUUAUCGCGGGCGAGAUGAAUGUAUCAAUUACUGCGUUGCUUUCCUCAACUGUAGGACCUCUAAUCUUUGUUUGCAUGAUAUGCUUUGUUAGAGACAUUAAUUAAGUGUGUAUGAAUAAAG